AUGCACGUCAAAACAGCCGACACACUCUGGCCGGACACCGUCUCGCCCUCUGUCAAGGACUCCAUUGAAACAUUCUUCCAACUCCUCGAUGGACACACCCCGGAGGCAGGCAAGCAGUGGAGCGAGCUCUACCUCCCCGAAGGCAAGUUUGAGGCAUUUGGUCAGACCUUCACUGGACACGAGAGUGGGUUCACCCUCUCCCCCUCAGCCCUUUCUUGUCAGUCUGCUUUCCAGGUACCUAGUCACUCACAAAAGCUUGGAGUUAAAGUGAUCCGGAAUCAUAUCCUCCGCUUCUGGGACUCAUUUCCAGGUUUGAACCACGUUCCGGCAAAAGUCUACUUGCACCGCGCACAAGGCCUGGACGUUGCAGUGAUUACUGCGUAUGAGAUCACUUUCCCAGGUGGCUAUCAUGUGGCGGGAGAGUCAGUGGCAAUGCUGGAGUUUGUGGAGCAAAAUGGGAGACUGCUGCUGGCUAGUAACCGGCUCAUCCUGGACCCGAAUCCGUUAAUGGCCGGACUGGAAGCCCAGUCAUCAAAACCGCAACCGAUCCAGUCGUUAGCCCAGGGAAAUAAAGCAGCUGUGGUGCACGAAGAGCAUAUUUCUGGGUGA